GGCAGCGGACGGGGGGCGCACGGGGCCCCCGGGGAGGCCGCGGCCACUCCCCCCGCCCGGGCCGAGCGCGGCGGGGGAGGCGGGCAUGGAAACGCCCUUCUACGGCGAGGAGGCGCUGAGCGGCCUGACUGCGGGUGCGUCGAGCGUCGCCGGUACUGCUGGGGCCCCCGGCGGUGGUGGCUUCGCGCCCCCGGGCCGCGCGUUCCCCGGGGCGCCGCCGACGAGCAGCAUGCUGAAGAAAGACGCGCUGACGCUCAGCCUGGCGGAGCAGGGAGCGGCAGGAUUGAAGCCCGGGUCGGCCACUGCACCUUCCGCGCUGCGCCCCGACGGCGCCCCCGACGGGCUGCUGGCGUCGCCGGACCUUGGGCUGCUCAAGCUCGCGUCGCCGGAGCUGGAGAGGCUGAUCAUCCAAUCCAACGGGCUGGUCACCACCACCCCGACCAGCACGCAGUUCCUCUACCCGAAGGUGGCGGCCAGCGAGGAGCAGGAGUUCGCCGAGGGCUUCGUCAAGGCGCUGGAGGACCUACACAAGCAGAGCCAGCUGGGCGCGGCCACCGCGGCCACAUCAGGGGCCCCCGCGCCCCCCGCGCCCGGGGACCUGGCGGCCACUCCCGGAGCCACCGAGACCCCCGUCUACGCCAACCUGAGCAGCUUCGCGGGGGGCGCCGGGCCCCCUGGGGGCGCGGCCACCGUGGCCUUCGCGGCGGAGCCAGUGCCCUUCCCGCCGCCCCCAGGCGCGCUCGGGCCGCCGCCACCUCCGCAUCCACCGCGCCUGGCCGCUCUCAAGGACGAGCCGCAGACCGUGCCGGACGUCCCGAGCUUCGGCGACAGCCCUCCGCUGUCGCCCAUCGACAUGGACACGCAGGAACGCAUCAAGGCGGAGCGCAAGCGGCUGCGCAACCAACGGACCAAGGUUAGUGUACGGCCUGGCUGUCACAGAAACGAGGCUUGGAGCCCGCCUCACGCAGCUCAGUAG